AUGUUAAGGUGGGAGAAGCGGGCGUUGCAAGCAGCUGCGUUAAUCGGCAUAAGCGUAUAUCCUAGCGCUUUGAUGGCAUUUCAUAAUGGGAUAAUUGACUUCGAAAAAAGGACUAUCGUUUACGAUGUUCCUGAUGAAACUGUGGACAUGGUGGAAAGUGAACUGGACAAAUUAAAGAAUUUACUAAUGAAAGCAAGUGCCAACAUUGCCGUGACUGAUUCACUGAAUCCAGAAUGGCGUGGAGGUUUUUAUUUUAAAAAUGGUUUUGAACUAUUAUUACCUUUACGUGCUGUAGCGAAGAAUUUAUCCGAAUUGCCAAAAAUGAAUCAGAUAGUUAGUAUAAAAAGGAAUGAUUUCUUUUCAAGCAAAAGGAAAUUUUUGGAUACUACAACAGAUAUUGGGAAGCAUAUAUUUGAUCAGUAUUUUCUUUCAGACGCAGCUCGACGCUUUCUUAUCAGACGCGAGUUGCUUAGAGCUAAUAGCCGCCGAUUUAUUUUGGUACCCCUUUCCAUGUGGAUUUUGUUAUCAUGUGUUGUAUGUUUAUCCUUCAUAUCCUUAAUGCGUUAUGGUCGCAUCGCUUCAUAUGGUUCGUUGGCAGUGUUGAUACCGUUGGCAGCUGUUUGUUUUCUGAAUGCUAUGAGAAACUUCUUCACAUAUAGUGAAAUGAUGUUAGACUACGAUGCUUGUGCCAAUUCUCCGGAAUAUAUAGAAGGAGCACGGCAGUAUUUGAACUCAUCAAUUGCAACAAAUUUAAGGAUACGCAAUGCUCUAGGUGAUGUGCAGUCCGAUUUUAUUGCAGCGAACGGUGAUAGUGUCGGUGAUUUAUGGUCUUAUUCGAAGCGAUUGAAAGCUAUUGAAAAAUUAGCUGCAGAGCAGUCUCAGAAAAAAAACUAAUUUUUGUGGAAGAUAAAUAGGCAGUGGGCACGACGUAUACGUGUUGGUGUAAUUGCAUCAACGGUAAUAUCUGUUCCAUCCAUAUAUUUAUUAGCAAAUGGACCAUAUUUAAAGGAAUAUUUUGAGAAACGAUACGAUGUCUCAAAUGUGCUACCUAAUCAUUUACAACAAAUUAUUGAUUCAGAGUAUGAAAACUUUCUGAUGUCGGAUGAUCGAAUACGAAAAAAAAAACGAAUCACUUUUUAUUGUUCAACUUCGGAAACGUAUUUGGAUUCAGUAACACAUGGAGCCCUGAAUAGUCCUUGGGGUGCCCGGACAGCUCUUCCAUUUUAUGCGCAAUUUCGUACGUUUAGCGAAGCUUAUGAUUACUGCAAGAAAAAAUUGGAACCAAUGUUGUACAUGGGUGAGCAAGCAUGCGUCAUUUGGAAUUCAGAUGUUGGUCGGCAGAUAAUUGAAACGUUCGUUCUCAGCGAAGAUGCUUUAAGAUUUCUGAUACGACGCGACUUGACGGCACAUGAAGCUAUAAAAAGAACGGCUUUAUUUGUAUUUUACUGGUUCUGUUAUACGAGUAUUGCUUUUAUGCUAGCACAAAUCAUAGUACAUUAUUAUUUUACUAGCAAUGUGCUAUGGUUUUGUGGACUGUCCCUUGCUCUGAAUACACCGGCAUGCUGGGGCAGUGUACAGAAUGCUAAACUUGAUUGGCAUGCUACCGACCAAUCAGCUGAUGUUGAUGCUGCUCGUGCUUCGUUGGUACAUGGCAGGGGUGGUAAAGAAUAUUAUCAAAAAAUGUUGAAACGAAAUCGAUUAUUACGAGAGAUAAUCCGUGAUGGUGUAAAGAAAGUGUCGGUUGUAGGCAAUCCAAACAAUUCCAAUACAUCGUACUGGUCACGAUAUACAACACUGGUAGAUUUAGAUGCAGAAAAUAAGUUAUUGGAUAAAAUAAGUGCUGCUGGUGAUUCAUGA